GGUUCGUUGGAUCAGAUUCGCUCAGACACAACUCCUUUUGCACAAUCGUUCAUAACACGAAAAAGGAGUACUAUUGAUUGUAUAAUAUGGUGAGAUUAACAUAACUUUUGUCAAGAAAUGGAAGGAUGGAUGGAACAUUGGUUCGGGAUUAUUCACCCAGUGGGAGCUUCGAGUAUGGUCCAUAUGGUAGCAUUGUGGUUGUGGCCAGAACAUCGGAAGGAAUCCCCACUACAACCAGCAACUCUGGGACGAAAGUAUUACAAGAAAAUACUCGUAAAUCACCAGCAAUUCACUCCAGCCAACGAAGAGAAACAAGAUCCUGCGAAAUUUUCAAUUCGUCGCCACUCACACGCACGCUACAAACAGUCGUAUUUUAUACUGUACUUCCCUUUUGUUUUCAUCACGGUUGCAUACGACUUUAUCCACUCCACUCGAAUGCGCGUCUCGAUCCCUAUAUUCCAAAGUCGGCAGGAAGGCCGCAUUCGUUGUGCAAGGAUAAAUUAACAAUUAUCCAAAGAACAAGGGGGUCUCACAAGCACCCGAAAGUUGCAGUAAAUUGUACAAAGAGUCUGCUUCUGGCCCAACCGUUACGAUGGCUGGACAAACUCGUCGUAGGAGCUCAAGUGCGGCGUUCCAACAGCGCAUUGAACAAGUGCACUUUGUUCCAUUCGAUGGACAUGAUGAGACAAGCAGACCUUCUCUCAGCGCAAUGAUAAUGAAGACGCGGCGGAAAAUGAAGUCUCGCCAAUUUCUACUGCUGAUUAGCAUUCUUACUUUGGCUACCUUCUCGAUAUUCUACCUGCGAGCGCCCUUUCCAUACCAUUCGACUUCUUUCCCGUCCUCUAAUCAGAAACCGAAACAGCCAAGCAUACCUAAUCGAAUACCUACUUCCUUUGAUGAUGUCAAGAAACCGCAGGAGGCCUCAUAUCAUAUCGGUCCUUCGCAUCCAAUCUAUCAAUUAAUCAAAGAUAACGAGCAGGCUUUCGAGAAUACAAAAGCGAAACAAUCGAAGACAUUGGAGGAAGCUGUGGCAGAAUAUAGAAAGCGAUAUGGAAUACCUCCGCCCCCUAAUUUCGACAAAUGGUAUAAUUUCGCAAAGUCAAAAGGUGUAAAACUGAUCGACGAAUAUGACAACAUCCACACAUCCUUAACACCGUUUUGGGGGUUGAAACCAGAAACAAUAAGGGGGAGAGCACGGGAGGCAUUGGGCUUUCCCAAUAAUCUCAUAGGGUUGUUGAUCAGAGGAGGUAAAGUUACAAAGAUUGAGGGAGGAAACCAAUGGCAACAAGACGCUACGGUAGGAAUGAUGAAGCCAUUUUUGAAGUACCUCCCUGACAUGGAUCUCUGCUUCAACAUUCACGAUGAACCUCGUGUGGUUGUGCCAUAUGAAGAUUUGGCGCGGCUAGUACAUGUUGCAAAAGAUCAGAAUAUGCCGAAUGCAAAUUCUGUUGAAGCCCCCAGAAACUCAUGGUCGCCUAGACCGAUUGAUAUCACUAGCGAUGGCCUACGAGUGCCGGAAGUAAAGACUACGCGAUUCAACGUUUUUUCUCAUCAGCCAACUUGGACCCAUUCAAGGAUGUCUUGCCCUCCAGAUAGUGCCGCCAGAGGUCUCAACGAUGGACUGAAAGAGGACAAUUACGGUAGUUAUGCCGUGACGGAGCUGGGAUUUGUGUAUAACCAAACUGCGUUCUCAGAUAUUUGCCAAUCCCCUUCUUUUAGCGAAUCCUUCGGGUUUUUCGACCGUCCCAACGCCUUUAACAUUGUGCAUGACUUAUUCCCAAUUUUCUCGCAAUCAAAGAUCUCGUCGUUCUCCGAUAUAUUAUAUCCAUCUCCUUGGUACUGGUAUGGCAAGGUACCAUACGAGGAAGCUGAAGACAAGGCAUGGAAGGAUAAGAAAGACAAAAUAUACUGGAGGGGUUCGACAACCGGAGGGUUUAGUCGAGAUGGUGGCUGGAGACGGCAGCACAGACAAAAAGUGGUACAAAAAGUCAACGCUGGUGAUCAAGCAAAGAUUUUGGUCAAUCGAGGUGAAGAGACAAAGGAAGAUUGGCAAGUGAAGAGUGUACCACGAAGCGAUUACAAGGAAAUUUUUGACAUCUUUUUCUCUCACGUUGGACAAUGCGACCCUGGGGAUUGCGAAGCCCAAAAGAAUUUCUUUGAUGUUAAGGAGGCGGCGAAGCAACAAGAUGCAUGGAAAUACAAGUAUCUACUUGAUAUGGAUGGAAAUGCUUUCAGUGGACGAUUUUACGCUUUCUUGAAAAGUAAAAGUCUCGUAUAUAAAAUGGCUGUCUUCAGAGAAUGGCACGAGGAAUGGCUGAAGCCUUGGGUGCAUUAUAUUCCAUUAAGCUUAAGAGGCGAUGAAUGGGUUGAGUCAGUACGAUGGUUUGCAGGAGAGGAUGUUGGGAGGAAAGAAGCAGAACGAAUUGCCCUCCAGGGAAGAGAUUGGGCAGAUCAUGUGCUUAGGAACGAAGACCUGGAAGUGUGGUUCUUCAGAUUAAUGCUUGAAUACGGUAGAUUAGUUGAUGAUGACCGAGAAAUCAUCGGAUAUACAGGAACAACAGGAUCGACAUAAACAUAAUUUUAUUAUAAUUAACUAUAUUCGAAUUAGCUAUGUAUAAUACGAAGAUUUCGGAUCUUCUUUUAAUUAUUCCUGUACGAUACGAUGUUCACGAAACAAAAUGCUAGGACAAUCGCAUUUGCAGUUACAUGAAGUUCUCCCCACAUUACGAGAUGAGGUUGAGAUAGGUGGUCGGGAGUCUAUGUUGAUACCAACGCCACAAUACUUCGAUUGCUUGACUCGCUGUGGAAAAGGGAUUUAAUGGGUCUGACAUAGUUCGACCCUUUGUUAUGUUUUGAAAUGUGUGCAGGAGCGUGCAUGCUAUACCAUUUCUAAUAUACCCCAGGGCUUUCUUUUCUCUUUAAUCAAGAUGGUUGAUGGAUAUAUGGAUUGAUACCCUAUGUACUUAGUUUGCCUUUAUAUAUAUAUAUAUAUAUAUAUAUAGGUGUGUGCAUGUUUUCGUUCCCUAUGGUGUCAGGUGAAUUUUAUCAAACAGAUCUUGGGAAAAAAUUACAGCCGCUUGCUUCAUGCGAUUUUUUUUACUUCAAUAUGAAUGCUAUGUAUACACCA